CGUAAAAAGUAUAACCCCGUUUUUAAUAAAUGAUUUAAUUUGUUUAUAUUAUAUUAUUAUGUUUUCACAAUCCUCCAAAGAAAAUGACGAAACUGAGUUGUAUGUAAGUCCACAGUGGAAAAAUUUAAAUAUCUGUGAUGGAGAAUCAAGGGAAACCGCUCAAAAUGAAAACCCUGGGUUGUUUAUUGACGACAAAGCAAUGCGGAUUAUGCAAAAAAUGGGUUACAAGAGUGGUUCCGGAUUAGGAAAAAAUGGUCAAGGCAUCACAGCAGCAAUAGAAGUACCCUGCCAUUUGGGAAAAAGAGGUCUUGGUUUGACUAUUAAAGGUAUUUCACCGUCAAAAGAAAACUGGAAUUUUUCAAAAGAAGAAAUACGUGUAAAGGAAGAUGUUAUUUGGCUGGAAAAUGAGGAGUCGCACAAUACCAAAAAAUAUUCUUUUACUGACAUGGUUGUUUGGAUGAAGGAAGGGACGCCAAAUCAUGAUAUUGAGAAUGAAUCAAAUUUUUGUGACAGGACUAUUUUAGACAGUGUACUGAAAGCCAAAAACAUAUUUGACGAAUUGAACUUAUUCGAACUAUGUCAUGCCAGGACAAAAGCAAAUCCCUUUGAAACGAUUAAGUCUGUAUUUUUCAUGAACAGAGCUGCCUUGAAAAUGGCUAAUAUCGAUGCUGCUACAGAAUUCAUGUUCAGCAAUAUCGAUCAGAAUACGUACCACAACACAAAUUUAGGCCCUUAUUAUUUUGCCGACGUUUGUGCAGGGCCGGGUGGUUUUUCAGAGUACAUCUUGUGGCGCAAAAAAUGGCACUUCAAGGGAUUCGGGCUGACUUUGAGAGACGAAAACAAUUUUAGACUUCAAGAUUCCAUGUGCGCGUCUCCAGUCACUUUCCAAGCCUUGUAUGGCAAACGGGGGGACGGAAACGUUUGUUGCCCGGAAAACAUCGAGGACUUUAAGACGAAAGUUUUGCAUGAAACUGACGGCAAAGGGGUGCAUUUUAUGAUGUCCGACGGGGGAUUUUCUGUGGAAGGGAAUGAGAAUAUUCAAGAAAUUCUCUCAAAGGACAUUUACAUUUGCCAGUGUCUAGUCGCUUUGGAAAUAAUAAGGACUCACGGGCAUUUCGUUACUAAACUUUUUGACGUGUUUACAUCUUUCAGCGUAGGUUUGUUGUACUUAAUGUAUAAAUGUUUCGAAAAAGUGACCAUAUUAAAACCGAAUUCUUCGAGACCCGCAAACUCGGAAAGGUAUUUUAUCUGUUAUAGCCUGAAAGAAGAGCAAGUUGUACAGGACAUUAAAGAGUAUUUGCGGACUGUCGUCAAGCGAUUGUGGGAGCUGAAGGAUAAUUCAGAGAAAGACGUAUUAGAGAUCGUUCCGCUAGAAAUUAUUAAAACGGACGAAAAUUUUUUUUCGUAUAUCGUUGACAGUAAUAACAGCUUGGGUCAACGGCAAACCUACGGACUUGAAAAAUUGGCUGCCUUUUGCAGGAAUACCAGCCUGGUUGAAACUCGACAAGAGGAAUUACGCAAAAAAUGUCUUGAAUUCUGGGAUAUACCCAAUUUGUCCAAAAUACCUCGACCGCAGCUUACCGCUGAUCAGCUGUUGAAUUUGUCCGUUGAUAAACCAGAAGUAUACCAGGCUCAACCAAAGGAGAUUAACGAUUUGAGCAAUUUUAAUUCAACGUUCACCAACGUGGACGAUUGGCAUUACUGCCUCAUGUACGGGUCUAGGAAAUACAACAACUGCUGUAUUUAUGCAGCCGUUGGGGCCUCAAAAGUGUAUCGUCUGCAGAGGAAAAGAUGGGUGAAAGUUAAAAACCUACAGUUAGUGAAAGGUACGUUAUUGUACGGGGAACUGGUGAAGGAAUGGAAUAUCUUCAGGAAAGAUAUAAGUGUAGAUCCCGAUGCACAGAGUUACAAACAAAGCCUGCACGUCGUCGACGCUCUACGCUUGGGCGAUACAAAUAUGUCGAAUUUGAAAUUUAAAGAAAGAAUGGAACUGUUGCAAGUUUAUUGCAAGUCCGUCACCAAAGAAUCCACACCGAGCUCUGUCAGAAUUCGUCCCAAGGUCAUGAGUCCGUUGUCGAGUUUGCUGUCUCAGCCCCCGUUGAAGGAGAAUAGGCAGACUGGGAGUUACAUUUCGACUUUACCCGUAAUGGGGUACAAUACAUUUUCGGAAGUAUUCGACGUGAACUCGUUGUUGCUGUUAAAAACGAACGAUAAUCAGUUCUUCCAUUCGUCGUACGUUCUGAGGGUCCAAAUAUUCAUCAAUUCAAAAGGGGAACAAAAUGAACAUAAAUGUUUGUCGCUGAAAGACGUCAUGGCACAAUUGAAAGAAACAUAAUACAUUUUAUCAUGUGUUCGUAUUCGUUACAGAUUUUCAUAUUUAUAUGACAUCAUUAAAAGAGUUUUUAAUUUAA